GCACAAUCUUUUGUCUUUCGAAUCCAUAUUUUCUUCUACUUUAAAAAGCACCCAAAUUUAAAAGUUUAAUAUCGAAGGCCGUCGCCCAAAAAACAAUAAUGAACUUGUUGCGGAGACACACGCUUUACAUGGGCGGCCGGCUGUCACAGAUAUCACUCGGUCGAAGCCUGCAUUCCAGCCGCAUGCUGCUCAACGCCAAAGACAAAGAAGGCGGUCAAAAGCCAGCAGACAGCGAAAAGCCCAAGGUCGAGGAGACCAAGGAGGAACCGCCAAAGGUUGAGGAGCCGCCGGCCGAGAAGAUCGAAUACAUCGGCAACACGCGGUUCCCGCGGCCCCGGCCAAAGCCGCGAAAGACCAUCCGGCCAGGCGAGGCCGUUGGACAGCAGGUGCCGGCCGGCAAGCUGGAGCAUAUGCCGUUGAAAGAAAAGAUUGACAAAAAGUUUCGCGAUAUCCUGAGUCCCGAGAAGAACCUCGAGUCGCGGGCCAGGAUCAUCCGUGAAAUUGGCGAGUCCCACUGGCAAAAUAUUUUGGAUCUGCGCAAUAAUGGUGACAAGCUCUUCGAGGCCCCGCCGAGCUGAUCCCAGCGACCACCGCCCGCUACCUGCCCAACCUCGAGUGCAAGUCGCUCACUGGCAGCACCGUUGAUAUUGCCGAGCUCUGCCGCGGCAAAACCACGCUGCUGACCAUGGAGUUUGUAAAGUUCGCCGAGAAGCACACGUUGAGUUACAUCAAUGUGUUCGAGAAGGCCUUUGAGGGCCGUGGCAAAGUGCAGGUUGUGCAGGUUAAUAUCGAGGAGAAUUGGGCAAAGGCUGCGGUGCUCCGCAUGUGCCUCCCGUAUGUGCGCCGCAAUGUGCCCAAGCACCGCCACGACACGUAUGUCUUGCACUAUGGCGGCGUCGAGGCUCUGCGGAACACGCUGGGCAUUGCUAAUCCGCUGAUCGGGUACGCCUUCUUGGUCGACUCAAAGACGCGCGUGAGGUGGUACGCCAACGGAGAGGCGGUCCAGUCCGAGGGCGCGACCAUGCUCACGCUGGCCGACACGCUCAUUCGCAAG